CCUCGUUAUUUCUGCCUCUGGACAAAGUGCCCAAUCGAGUCAAAAUUCUGAUUAGGGGAAAAAAUUAUUAAUAAUAAAAAAUAAAUCUUUACCAAACAGUAACAAAAUUGAGAACCCAUUUCCUCUAGUUACAAGGACAGUGGUUUUUGGUUUUUGUUAAAAGAAAAACGGAGGAAAAUUUUCUGGCUUGUAGCAGACAUCAAAACACUUGCUUUUCUGUAGAAGCCAAACAGAAAAGAGAGAGAGAGAGAGAUAGAGAGGUAGACGAGGGUGGAAUAGUUCUGUUGUAGUUGUCUUGUCUAAAAAAUUCUGGGGUUUUGUUUUCCGGGAAAGUUUUAUCUGAAUCCGGGAAAAAGAGAAACCAAAAUAAACCAAAGGUUUCUGUGUCGGAUAGUGGAUUCUCUAUUUUUAUUUCUUCACCGUCAUAUCCUGAUUAUCUUAUCUUGACGUAAAAAAAGAAGAAAUCUUUAAUAUUCAAUAACAUUAGCAACAUCAAGUUUUUGAUCGGAAUCGAGAAUUUCAAGCCUUAAUUUUCUUUUUCCCGACGCAUGAAUACCAUUUUUCAUUUCCUGGGCACCCAGAAAACCUCCUGAACAACAAGAAAAUCUUUACCCACUUUCUCGAUCCGGGUUAUCAAGUCAUGAUGAAAUCCGGGUCGAUAGAUUACUGGAGGAAUUAUUUUAGAACAGCGAAUUCUGAUAUUUUUAGUAUCAUCGAUCAUGCGAUCAUCGUUGCGGCCUCAGAUUGUCCCAAAGAGUUUCGGUUGCGUAGGGAUCGAAUUGCGGAGCGUUUAUUCUCUUCUAGAUGGACUCGGUGCUCCGGUUGCAAUCGGGUCGAAUUGGCUGUGCCGGCUCACGAAGGUGAGAAUGAUGAUGGUGGCUGCAAGAGAAGAGACGGUGGUUGUAGUAAUGAUGUUGAUGAUGAUGAUGAAGAUAUUGAUAUUGAUGGAUGUGAAUUUGAGGGUGGAGGGAGCAAGGAGAGCAAGGUCAAUAGUAGCAAUAGAGAUGAUAAUGAUUUUGAUAAUGGAGAAGUGAAUGUGAAUGAUCACUUGGUAAGUAAUUAUAGCUAUGGAGAGGCUGAGGCUUUGACUGAUGAGAUUGAGGAAGAGUCUCAGGUAGUUGGUGAGGUCUUGAGGAUCAAAGACAUUCUUCUCAACAGCCGAGAUGAGUCUGAUUCUGUGUUGUUUGAAUCGUUAAGGAGGCUUCAAUUGAUGGCUCUGACUGUGGAGACACUUAAGGCAACUGAGAUUGGAAAGGCUGUCAAUGGCCUCCGGAAGCAUGGUUCAAAGGAGAUUCGUCACCUUGCACGAACUCUUAUAGAUGGAUGGAAAGUUUUGGUGGAUGAGUGGUAUAAUGCUACAAAGGCUUUCGGAGGGAGCAACCUACAAAGUGAUGAAGGUACUCCUGAGUCUUUGAAUCCUUCUAUUGUUGAUGAAGAGGAAGAAGGGCUUCCAUCUCCACCAUUAGAUGAAGGAGCUUUCUUUGCUACCCAAACUGCUGGGAUAGAGCUCUCACAGUUCUUCGACGGCAUGGAUGACUUUGGAAAUCCUCGGAACAGUGGGGGAUCAAUCAAGAACCAUGAAAAUGGAACAAAACCUUCACCGGAGAAUCACAAUAUCACAAAGAAAAAACAGCAGACUCCUAAUGAUGCAGUUGUUGCUAAGGACAACACUAGUCAACAAAUGAGGAGGCAAGAAGCUGUUCUGAAGACUAGUAGACCCACAAAUGCUGAUUCUUGUCCCAGAAGACCUCUGAAACAAAGUGUUGAUCAAAAAGCAAACAAUGAUUUGAAGAUUAUGCGAAAAACAGAAAAGGUUGUCAGCCAGAGAAAGCCUCCGAGUGUUCAGCAAGAUAAAUUCAAGUGUCCAGAUGAAGUUGCUGUACAGAUGAAACUGGAAGCCACCAAAAGGAAACUCCAGGAGCGAUAUCAGCAAGCUGAGAAUGCGAAGAGACAGCGGACGAUCCAGGUCAUGGAGUUGCAUGAUCUCCCUAAACAGGGGCUUGUACAAAAAAAUCAACACAUGAGACCUGGAAGCCAUAACCGGAAUUGGGCACAUGGACGGCGGCAAUAGUCAUAGUUACCUCAAGUUACAUUUCAAAGUUUCUUCCUUCCUGGAAAUCAGUGGAAGGAUACUACAAUAACUAUUGGGGCAUGCCUUGAAUUGAUUGUGCACCAAAAAUAAGAACUCCAUACAUUGAUCAUAGAAGAAAAGACCAUUUUAGACAAUUACAGGGAAACAAACAUUUGAAACUAUUGUCCUAUGUUCUGCAUAUUCAGGGAUAGAUACUUUUUUCUGAGGAAAUAGGUGGGGCAGGGUUGUCUGAACUUGUGACUUAUGCAGUGUAGAUUCUUGACUUGGUACUGGGAUGAAAUGUCCAUAGAAAAUCUUCAUUUGCA